UGAUCGGCGGAAGGUAGGUUCCAAGAAGAUCCGCACAAGACGUGUCAUAGUCGAACAACCGUCAGUCGUGUUGAGAACAAGGACCAGGGCAAGACUAAAGUGAUCACCCCAAUUACAUACCUACUGCGGUAAAGUGCGGUGCCACGCAGCGAAAUAUUUGAACGUUCGCCUUCACGUGCCACGAGGAUUUUGGGCCGGCUUGUUCUCGCUGCUCGCGUGAGAGCAGAAAUAAAGAGGAAAAAGAAGUUCCGUCACGUGUGUUUUGUUGGAAGAAAUCGUUGAAAAUGCCUGUCAGUACUAAUCGAGAUGUGCCGAGUUCGGAGAAUAUAGAGGAUAAAGUACAGGAGUAUAUACAUAAUUUCAUCAUGUUGGAAGCAGAGCUGGAAACAAUAUUACGUUCAUUAAUACAGCUAGAUGAUAUUGAAUAUGUCGACAAAACGAUAGAGUGGAAGGAAAUCAAAUUUAAUAUGUCAGUGCAAUUCGAUGGAUUUAAUGAAGCGAUAGGAAUCAUUAAUUUUUAUUUUAUACAUAAUCCGGACUCUAAACUCGAAGAGCAGCAUCAAGAAGUAGCAUCGAAAGUACGCGAAAAGUUUCGAAAAAUUAUAGAAAUAUUAGUGCAUUUGGAGCACAAAAAGGUUGUGGAAAAAGUUUCAAGAGGAACGCAAACGUCGUGUGAAAUAGACAAACAUUAAUUUUUAUUUUAAACUAAAUUGCAUUAUUUUAUUGUAUCAUGCACAGAAGAUGAUGAAGAAAUACGUUUAUAUGUCACCUUUCGACUGAAGGAAUAAAUACACAUAGUGAUGUUAUCGAAGAAAUAUGUUUGUAUGUCACCUUUCGACUAAAGCAAUAAAAACACAUUUGCAUUUA